AUGUCUUCUCGUCCAGAGCUCAAGGUUGACGAUGAACUUGGAUUCAUUAAGUUUUUCAAGAAUCUACCUUCAAGGGAUGGGGAAACUCUGAGAGUCUUCGAUAGAGGAGACUUUUACACUGCUCAUGGAGACGAUGCGUCGUUCAUUGCUCGCACUGUCUACAAAACUACUUCGGUUCUACGAGAUCUAGGCAGUAGUUCCACAAAGAUUCCUUCAGUUACGAUGACCAUAACAGUAUACAAGAACUUUCUACGAGAAGCACUUUAUCGAAUGGGUAAGAGAGUGGAAAUAUUCACGACUUCCGGAAAGAAUAAUUGGAAAGUCACAAAAACCGCAUCUCCAGGAAAUCUACAGGAUGUCGAGGAAGAGCUAGGAGGAUCAUUUGAUGCUGCACCGAUUAUUCUCGCUGUCAAGAUCACUGCAAAGGCAUCAGAAGCAAGAAAUAUUGGUGUGUGUUUCGCAGAUGCAAGCGUUCGGGAAUUAGGAGUUAGCGAAUUUCUCGACAAUGAUCUAUAUUCAAACUUCGAAUCUCUACUUAUUCAACUGGGAGUAAAGGAAUGUCUGAUACAAGUAGACAGAACCACAAAAGAUGUGGAAUUGGCAAAACUCAAGCAAAUUAUCGAAAGCUGUGGUUGUUCCUGGACAGAACGAGCAGGAGGUACCUUUGGGACCAGGGAUAUCGAACAAGACCUUGCGAGACUUUUGAAGGAUGAGAAAUCUACAGGAGUCCUCCCACAAACAGAUCUUAAGCUUGCUAUGGGCUCAGCGGCGGCGCUUAUCAAUUAUUUGGGUGUGCUACAUGAUUCAUCGAAUUUCGGGCAGUACCAAUUAUACCAACACGAUCUUUCACAAUUCAUGAAGUUGGAUGCCUCUGCGCUGAAAGCACUAAACCUUAUGCCUGGACCGAGGGAUGGAUCGAAGACUAUGUCUCUUUAUGGUCUACUCAAUCACUGCAAGACACCAGUUGGAAGUAGGCUUUUGGCACAAUGGUUGAAACAACCUUUGAUGAGUUUGGAGGAGAUCGAAAAAAGACAACAGCUAGUCGAGGCGUUUGUCGAAGAUACGGAAUUGAGGCAAACCAUACAAGAACAACAUAUGAAAUCGAUACCCGAUUUAUAUCGAUUGGCUAAAAGAUUUCAAAAGAAAUUGGCGAACCUCGAAGAUGUUGUCCGAGCAUAUCAAGUUGUUAUCAGAAUACCCGGUUUCAUUAAUACUCUCGAAAGUGUUAUGGAUGAAACGUAUCGCGAUGCUCUCGAUCAGUCGUACACAACUAAGCUUCGAGAAUGCAACGAUAGUCUUGGAAAGUUGGCAGAAAUGGUCGAGACUACUGUCGACCUUGACGCCAUGGAUAACCAUGAAUAUAUCAUCAAACCUGAAUUCGACGAAGGUCUCCAAAUGAUUAGGCGAAAAUUAGACAAACUCAAGUAUGAGAUGGAUCAAGAGUUCCGUGUAGUAGCCAAAGAUCUCAGCCAAGAAAUUGAGAAGAAAAUCUUCCUAGAAAACAACAAGAUUCACGGCUGGUGCAUGCGACUCACACGAACCGAAGCCUCCUGUAUCCGUAACAAGACCAAAUAUCAAGAAUGUCAAACCUUAAAAAGCGGAGUCUUCUUCACCACCUCCAAACUUCUGUCUCUUCGCCGCGAAUUCGAUCAACUCUCCGAAAAUUAUAACCGCACUCAAACUAGCCUGGUCAGCGAAGUUGUUGGAGUAGCUGCCUCCUAUUGCCCAGUCAUUGAAUCCCUCGCUUCCAUCCUCGCUCACUUAGACGUCAUCAUCUCUCUCGCUCAUACCUCUGUUCACGCCCCUACAUCUUAUAUCCGUCCUAAAAUGCAUCCUCGUGGCACAGGUUCCACAAUCCUUAAAGAAGCCCGUCAUCCUUGUAUGGAAAUGCAAGAUGAUAUUCAAUUCAUCACCAACGAUGUCUCUCUCGUCCGUGAUGAAUCCUCCUUCCUUCUAAUAACCGGUCCAAACAUGGGCGGCAAGUCUACCUAUAUCCGACAAAUUGGCGUCAUAGCACUCAUGGCUCAAAUUGGCUGUUUCGUCCCUUGUUCCGAAGCCGAACUUACGAUAUUUGAUUGUAUACUAGCGCGAGUGGGAGCAUCGGAUUCACAACUCAAAGGCGUAUCUACUUUUAUGGCGGAAAUGCUGGAGACGGCUAAUAUACUCAAAUCCGCCACCUCGGAAUCUCUCAUCAUUAUCGAUGAAUUGGGUCGAGGCACUAGUACUUAUGAUGGAUUUGGCCUCGCCUGGGCCAUUUCCGAAUACAUUAUCCGGGAAAUUGGAGCAUUUACUAUGUUUGCGACGCAUUUCCAUGAAUUGACGGCGCUAGUGGAUACUUUUCCCCAAGUCAAAAAUCUACACGUGGUGGCGCACAUCGAUACCGAUGCGUCGGCGCAAGAAAAGAAACGAGAAGUCACCCUGCUGUAUAAAGUCGAAGAAGGAAUCUGUGACCAAAGUUUCGGAAUCCAUGUGGCGGAAUUGGUUAAGUUCCCAGCAAAGGUUAUAGAGAUGGCAAGGCGAAAGGCGGAGGAACUCGAGGAUUUUGGGGCGAGUGGAAAAGGCGGUGAGGGUGAGAAGGUCGAUAAUGGUGAUCCGAUGUCUACGGCGGGCUCGCAGGAGUAUGGGAAGGAGGAUGUGGAGAAGGGGAGUCGCUUGUUGAAGGAAAUGUUGAAGAAGUGGAAGGCGGAGAUUGAUAGUAAGGGGGAGGAAAUGGGGAAGGAGGAAAAGAUUGCUUUGUUGAGGGAGUUGGUGGGGGGUGAUGAGAGGUUGUUGCAGAAUCCGUUUUUUAAAAGUAUUAAAACUUUGUAA